AUGAAAGCGGCCUUAAUAGUGGUGGACAUGCAGGAGGACUUCUGUCCCCCGAAUGGAUCCCUCGCCGUCCAUGGAGCGCGCGUUAUCACCCCCAUCAUCAACUCCCUCCUGGCGCAUCCCGGCUUUGCGACGCGCGUGGCAUCCCUAGACAACCACCCCCCGAACCACAUCUCCUUCGCCAGCAACCACCCCGAAGCCAACACCACGAACGGCUUCAUCAACAUGGCUAACCCGGCGCCCGGCAAAGAACACGAAACCAAGCCCCAGCAGCUCUGGCCCGUACACUGCGUCCAAGGGACGAAAGGCGCCGAGCUCAUCCCCGAGAUCGAUGCCCGCAAGAUCGACCGGUACGUGCGGAAGGGCAUGUUCAGUGAGGUGGAGAUGUACUCGGCGUUUGCGGACGCGUUCGGCAAUACCGACCCCGAGGUGACGGGCAAGUCGGUGGACAUGAACCUAGCGUCUUAUCUGGCGGAGCAGGGCGUAACGCGCGUGUUCACGGUCGGGGUGGCGGGCGACUUCUGCGUCAAGAACACGGCCAUCGACGCGGCGAAGGCCGGGUUCCGGAGCUAUUUCGUCGAGGAUGCGACGCGGUGCGUGGAUGCCGGGGCGGGCUGGGAGACGGCGCAGAGGGAGUUGAAGGCGGCGGGCGUGUCGAUUGUUCGGUCGGAUGGGCCGGAGCUGUCGUUUUUGACUCGUUAA